GAGCCGUCGAUCGCCUUCGCCUGUUGUUGCAGCUGGGUCGCCGGCCGGGUCCGUGUCCACCGAUGCCUCGCGCCUUCUCCUCCUCCUCCCCAUCGCGCUCGCCGCCACGCCAACGCCAUGCCCUCCCUCCGCCGCCGCACCACCGCCGCACGCUCUCCUCCACGCUUGUCGAGGAGAGCGUUGCUGAUGCUGCCGCGCUCGUCAAAAAGUGGCACCCCGACGUACCAUGCUCCCUCUUCCUCCACGACGCCGCCGGUCAAGCGGAGGAGGAGGAGGCCCAUGGCUUCCUGCGCGCCGCCGCCGAGCUCCACCGAGCCAUGCUCUUCUUCGCCGCCGACACCACCAACCCCAGCUCCCAGAGCGGCCACGGCCUCGUCCAGGCGCAGGCGCUGCUCCAGACCGCUAUGCGCAGGCUCCAACGCGAGCUCCAGUUCCUACUCGACAAGCACGACGAAAGCCAACAACAAGCGGCCGGUGCCAGCAGCAGCAGUAUAUUACGCGCAGUCGCUAAGGCCAUGAUGGCCGCCGGCUACGGCAAGGAGUGCAUUUCCAUCUUCAAGUCCCACCGUCGCACGGCUCUGGCCACCAAUCUGCAGCGUCUGCUCGGCUUCUCACCUCCAGCUGCUACUGCUAGUGGUAGCAACUCUUCGUCGUCGCUCUUCCACAAGCUCACCUGGGAGCAGAUCGACGGCAAGAUCAUACCGUCGUGGAUCGCCACCGCCACCGUCGCCUUCACCUCCCUCUUCACCGGGGAGAAAGACCUCUGCGACACGGUCUUUGCCCGCGACGACGCGGCUGUUGGUGAGGCCGUGUUCGCGGCCAUCGCAAACGACCAGGCCAUGAGCGUCCUCGCCGUCGCGGAGGCCGCGGUGGCAAGAGCAAGGCGCGCCCCUGAGCGCCUGUUCCGGGUGCUCGACGUCCAUGACGCGCUCACCGAGGUCCUGCCGGCGCUCUUGUCCGUUUUUGGGGACAACGCCGAGGUCGCCACCAGGGCCGCCGCUGUGGUCGCCAAGGUCGGCGAGGCUGCGCGUGCGACCCUGAGCAGCUUCGAGGCGGCAAUCCACAAGGAGCCGUCCAAGGCCACCGUGGCCGGAGGCGCCGUGCACCCACUGACCCGCUACGUGAUGAACUACCUCGUCUUCCUCGCCGACUACCAGGAGGGCCUUGCUCUUAUCUACGAGCAAGCUGAUGCAGCAGGCGCGGAGUCAGUUUCGGUUGUCGCCUCCGGCAACGUUGUUUCGCCGGAACAUUAUUCGUCUUCGUCGUCGAGCAUGUCGUCGUUUUACAGCUACAGCUACCGCCCGAUCCACCGGCUGGUGUCGGUUCUGCUGGGCAAGCUGGACGCCAAGGCCGGGUGCUACAAGGAGGUGGCGCUGAGCUACCUCUUCCUGGCGAACAACAGCAAGUACGUGGCCAACAAGGUGGCCGGCAGCGGCAGGCUGCAGGGGGUCCUUGGGGAGGAGUGGGCGGAGGUGCAGAGCGCCAAGGCACGGGCGCACGUGGAUGUGUACGUGCGCGCGGCGUGGAGCAAGGUGAUGUCCGCCAUGCCGCAGGAGCCGCCUGAGGUUGUGGAGGCGGCGGUGUUGGAAGCGGUGGGCAUGCAGGAUCAGUGGGUGGCGGCGGACGAGGUGAUGGGCGCGGCGUUGAGGGCGGCGGCCACAGCGGCGGUGGUGCCCAAGUACAGGAUGUUCUACCGGCGGUACGGCGCUGCAGUGCGGCUGACGCCGGGCGACGUGGUCACCAUGAUCGCCGCACUAUUUGGCGGUCCAUGGCAUCAGACCGCGGUGGCAGAGCCGCUGCAACGCCAUCUUCAGGAUCCAAAAUCAAACACAAAACCAAGGAGACCGCAGCAGCUGUUCGCCUCACAGAUCGAGAAAUCAUCAGCAUGUACCUAACUGAAUAUAUAUAAAUAUAGAGAAUUCAUUGUAUUGUAUCAUUCCUUUUCGUUUUCCCCCAAUCACAUGUUGUUAACUUUGGGCAGCAUUAGGGCAUACACAAUGCAAGACUUUAUCACAGAG